GCCGACUAUUGGGAAGCAUGUCGAACCGCGGUGCCCUAGUAAGCUCGCCAUCAUGGUUUCCAAGUCGUCAUAUAUCAAGCUAGCGGCGUCGCUGCUCGCCGGCGUGGUCGUCGCUCAGACCCCUGCGGCGACACCAGAGGACCACCCUCCGCUGCCGACAUGGAAGUGCACAAACUCGGGAGGCUGCGUGCAGCAGAACACCUCGGUCGUGCUUGACUGGGAUUUCCGCAACGUUCACGCGACUGGCGGCGCCGCGUCGUGCAAGUCUGGAACCAAACUCAGCCAGAGCCAAUGCCCCGACGCGGGAACCUGUGCCAAGAACUGCGUGGCAGAGCCAGCCGACUAUGCCGCCUCCGGUGUCUCGACGUCCGGCAAUGCGGUGACUAUGUACCACUAUGUCAAGGUGGGAGGCAAGCUCACGAGCGCGUCGCCUCGCAUAUAUCUACUUAACAGCGACGGCAAGUACGUCAUGAUGAACCUGCUCAACCAGGAGCUCAGCGUCGACGUGGACCUGUCGACGCUGCCGUGCGGCGAGAACGGGGCCUUCUAUCUGUCCGAGAUGGUGGCAGACGGCAGCAAGAACCCGGCGCAGUUCAACGCCGGCGGUGCGGGCAUGGGCAACGGUUACUGUGAUGCCCAGUGCCAGGGCUACUGCUGCAACGAGAUGGACAUACUCGAGGCCAAUUCCAUGGCCAACGCCUUCACAGGACACCCCUGCAAGGGCAACAACUGUGACAAGAACGGCUGCGGCUACAACCCGUACGCCAGCAACCAGCGUAACUUCUGGGGCCCUGGCAAGACGCUGGACACCUCCAAGCCCUUCACCGCCAUCACCCAGUUUCCCGCCAGCGGCGGCCGGCUGAGCCAGAUCACGCGAAAGUACAUCCAGAACGGCCGGACCAUCACCAGUGGGUCCCUGAACAGCUGCGGCUCCGAAGGGUCGACGGGAGGCAUGACGGGUAUGGGUCAGGCACUGGGACGAGGCAUGGUGCUGGCGAUGAGCAUCUGGAACGACGCCGCUCAGAACAUGGCCUGGCUCGACAGCGGCACCAACGGACCCUGUGCAAGCGGACAGGGCAGCCCCUCAAACAUCCAGUCACAGCAUCCCGACACGCACGUCAUCUUUUCAAAUAUCCGAUGGGGAGAUAUCGGAUCGACCACCAAGGGCUGA